AUGCCAACCCUACCUUCCGUGAAUCAUAACCGAGACGAUUCUCUCUCUCCUGCAGUUCCUGAUCCUCAUUCUAAUUCUAUAACUGCUACUCACCCACACCCUCCUUCCCUAACAUCUGCCUCUGGCCCGUCUACUUCACAUACCACCUUCACAGGCUCCGUUGUAGGCUCCAUCUCCCGGCGCAAUCGUCGCUCUUUCGCUGCCUUGGCCCAGAAAACUUCCAGUGCCUUUGCCAGUUUAUCAACAAUCAGCCAAACUGCGCCUUUACGUUCAUACCCGUCAAAUAGCAGCCUAUCCAGACUAUCGAGAACAUUCAGCACAUCCCCCUUGACCCCACCACUAUCAGACGGGGAAGCCCACGACCUACCGGAUUCUGCGCGCCCUGAUUCUCCCGCAUUGGUCGACUUGAACACCACGCAGAAACGACGCUUGACUUUACAGCGCAUUCAGACUCCCUCGGAUUUUCGCCCUGUCUCCUCGGGCACAGUCCCAGUCGCACUUCCCAAGAUGCACCAAACCUCGUCUCGGUUGUUGCGCAUGACCGAAGAUGAGCGCCCUUUCACCAAGGAUUUUAUGGACUUGUUCUCCACGUUGAUGGUUAGCUUGAAGUUGGACACCCACCGUGUUCGCUUCACUCGUUAUGAUCACACUUUUACCUCAGAGGAGGCCAUUAACAACCUUGGCUCCCUCAAAUUCUCCCAAUCAAACCGCAUGCCCGACCCCAAGGACCCCUCCCGAAUUGUCACCACUACCACGACCACCACAUUCUCCAUGGCCAAGGAAAUGGCCCGUUCCGUUUGUCAACGAUUUGUCGACGCCCGAUUCAUCGAGUCCGUGGACGGCAAGGCUUUACCGAUUUUCCCAUUGAAGGGUGCUUUGUUCCAACUUACGCCAAAGGGAAUCAACAUUUUACAGCGUUUCUGCCAACGGAAUGGAAUCACAGCCCGUCACGUGAUGGAUGUCUUGGAGUCACCGCGUAAUACAAUGCAAUUGGUGAACUUGGAGCGAGACAUUGAAACCGAUAAACUGUCGCAUGAUCGCGCCACAAUCGAAGUGAUUUUCCGCCGAUUUGCCGGUCAGGAAGGCCCCAAUAUCAAAAGCAGUGUUUCAACCUCAGACAACGAUUCAUUAAGCGAUUACUCCAAUGGGUUAAUUGGUGUGAAGAUGGCUCGGGAGCGGAAAUUGCAGGAUGGCAAGAUUUACAGCAACACCUUCACUGGAAAGGGGGCCGUAGAUUGGUUGAUGGAUUGCUCUACUACCAUUGAGCGCCGGGAGACUUGCUUAAUUGCUGAGCUGUUCCUGAAGUAUGGUCUGAUGACUAUGAUUCAGGAUGAUAAGUCUUUCCCCGAUUCGAACGCCGUUUUCCAGCCUUCCAAGUACUCUAUUUACUGCAUUACAGAGCGCGGUCAACGUGUGUGUGGAUGGAUUGCUCGUGAUAAGAACCGUGAAGUCGCCAACACUACUUAUGAUAGCCGUGGUAUGCCCCGCGACUCCAACAACGCCCGCCUUACCCACAUCCUCGGUGACCCUGCUCUCCGCCUCCUGUUCCGCGAGUUCCUCCGUUACUCCCUCUGCGAAGAGAACCUGUCGUUCUAUCUGGAUGUUUCCGAAUUCACUGCCAACUACCACAAGGCCGAGAAGGCUGGUGUAUUCAGCAGGGUAGACUCCGUUCGGGAGACAUUGGCUGCUGCUUAUGGCCUUUACAACGCCUUCUUGGCCCCUGGUUCCCCCUGCGAGUUGAACAUCGACCACGCCCUUCGCAACAGUCUGGCUAGCCGAAUGACCAAGGCGGUCGGUGAUGAUGAGUCCAUGUUCAAGAGUCUUCAGGAAGUUGUGCAUCUUUUCGAACUUGCCCAGACAUCCGUUUUCAAGUUAAUGUCAAGUGAUUCCGUUCCCAAAUUCCUCCGUGACCCCAAGUACUCCGUUGUUCUGCAAGAGCACGACGUCGACAUUUUCGGUGGAUCUCGCUCGUACUCACCGACACCCGUCGCCCCGGAACGCAGCAUGAGCCGUUCUGUUCGAACAUGA